CUGGCUAGGGUUUCUUCUUCCCCUCGUGGCCGCGCCUCCGAAACCCCCACCUCCGCGAGCUCCCAGUCUCUCUCCGGCGGCAGAAGCGGCGGCGACGACGAGAUGGUGAAGGGACGCACCGGGCAGCGCGUGCGGCUCUACGUCCGCGGCACCAUCCUCGGAUACAAGAGGUCGAAGUCGAACCAGUACGAGAACACGUCGCUGGUGCAGAUCGAGGGGGUGAACACCAAGGAGGAGGUGGCGUGGUACUGCGGGAAGAGGAUGGCGUACGUGUACAAGGCCAAGACCAAGAGCGGCGGCACGAACUACCGCUGCAUCUGGGGCAAGGUCACCCGCCCCCAUGGCAACUCCGGCGUCGUCCGCGCCAAGUUCAAGUCCAACCUGCCCCCCGCUUCCAUGGGGCGCAAGGUCAGAGUCUUCAUGUACCCGAGCAGCAUCUAAAGACUCUUGAAGUGUGGAGGAUGUUGCUUAUCUCUCUUAGAUUUUACUUCUGGCUGAAAAUGUCUUGAAAGGAGCCGUAUUCAUGUUGAGUUUGCAAGUUGAACUGCUGUUCCCUGAGAACCCCUGGAAGUUCUCCGUAGUUUUGAUGUCGAAUGUAUGCACCACUUCUAUUAUAUUAUGUCAUAUGGACUUAUGAUGGAGUCAGGGUUGGAACUUGUAAGCUUGAUUUGUCAUGUUUCACAGCAUCUAUCUUCUUCGUAUCAUUUGCUCGCA